ACAAAGAUACAUCAGGAGAAAAAAACAUCCACCUCAGAAGAGACAUCAGAUACUCAGGUUUACUUAUAAGCUUUUACAAAUACGGAUUCAUAGUUAAAACGCUGUAGCCAUUUAAACAACACUGGAAAUGUCUUGUAUCUACAUCACUGCAGAGGCUGUAAGAAACAUGAAGCAUGGCAAUAAUACAAAGGACUUUAACACUCAAAUAUCAGAAACUCAAACACCUCAACACACAGGAAGCAAUUCUGUCAAAAACAGAAGCUCCAGAGCAGCUCUAGUGCGUUUAGUGCUGCUGUGUUUUCUUCUGCUGACUGCUGUCAUAGUGCUGAGUGUCUUCAUCUAUACAAACAACACAAACUACACUGAAGGGAGACGCCAGCUACGAUCCAACAUCGCCAACAUCCCAGAAGACAGAGACAAGUUCCUAACCAUCAUUACCAACAUCAUAGAAGAGAGAAAACAGUUACUAAGCAACAUCACCAACCUCACAGAAGAGAGAAAUCAGUUAGUGACCAACAUUACCAACCUCACCGAAGAGAGAACACAGUUACUAACCAAAAUUACCAAUCUCACAGAAGAGAGAAAAGAGUUAUUUCGAAACAUCAGGAAUCUGUCGCUUGAGAAUGACCAGCUAAAAGUAAAGAAUCAAAAUCUGCUGAAAAAAAUUCAGAUUGUCGAUGGAUGGACUUACAAUCAGUCCAGCUUUUACUACAAGUCCAGUAUAACAAUGAAACUGGAUGAGAGCAGACGUGACUGUAUAGCAAGAGGAGCAGACCUGAUCAUCAUAAACAACUCAGAAGAACAAGAUUUUGUUAACAGAUUUUCUGAUAGAGCUGCAGUCUGGAUUGGUAUGAAUGACAGUGUUACUGAGGGCACAUGGAAAUGGAUUGAUGGCAGCACACUGAACUCUCGUUUGAGCUUCUGGUCAUCUUCAACUCAAGAACCAAAUGGAGGCACUAGAGAAAACUGUGCAGUGUCUGCUGAUAGAGUGAAAGAAUGGCCUACUUUUUCAGGGUGGCUUGAUAUCCAAUGUGACAGAAGAUUUCAGUGGAUCUGUGAGAUGAAUGUUUCACAACUCAUACAAAACUUACGUGAUAACUGACUUACAUGUAAAGUAGUGUUUCUCAUCCCUGAUCCCUCAUCCCUGAUAUCCAAUUUUUGGAAAUAUUAUAAAUAAUUUAUCUUGCUCCUGAAUGCAGUGUUUUUAAAGGGGUGGUCCAGAAUGUAAUUUUAAGGCUUGGUUGUGUUUAUAAGAUGUAAAGCAAUGUGUACUCAUGUUUCAUUUGAAGGAAAUUGUUUUAUUUUUUCAUAUAUCUUACUUUGAUUAUACACAGCUACUC